UUUACCUCCUCCUAGGCUGGGAGCUCUUGCAGGGCUGGGACAGAGCCUCAUUUGUCUUUGCAUGCCCCAUGCGCCCCACAGGAGAAACAAGAGGGGAGUCUGCUGUGCUCCUUCCACUCAUGCCUCCCUUCCUUUGAAGUUACCCCAGCCCCCGCCCCACUCCAGGUGCUUGGAGGUUGAUAGACGGGAGACUCCUUGGGUGACGCUCAGGUGUGUCACGAGCAGCGUCUUCCCCGCAGUGGCGACUUCACUGGCCUCCUCCUGUCUCCCCUCAGCAAUCCUCUGAGGAGGAGGAGGAGGCUGCUCCUCAGAGCCAGUCCCAAAGCCUGACUUGGGGGUAGGCAGAAGUGAAGCCAUAGAUCACGUGCCCUUCUGGGCCCCUCCGUGCGGGUUCUGGCUGUAGCCCAGCUUCUCCUUAGCGUCUCUCUUCCCCCACCUGGCUCCAGCCCGCAAAGCCCUGCCGGGUUCCUUCCAGCCAUCACUCAGCCCCAGGGAUGGCUCUGCAGGAUGUGUGCAAGUGGCAGGCCCCCGGCACCCAGGGACCAUCGCCUCACCUGCCUCAGGCGGGUGGCUGGGCCGUGCCCCCAGGCUGGGACCCUCAAACCUUCCUGCGGAUCCACGGCCCCAGGCUGGCGCAUGGCACCACCACGUUGGCCUUCCGCUUCCGGCACGGAGUGAUCGCCGCCGCCGACACACGGUCCUCCUGCGGCAACUAUGUGCAGUGUCCGGCCUCACGCAAGAUCAUCCCCGUGCACCAGCACCUCGUGGGCACCACCUCCGGCACGUCGGCCGACUGCGCCGCCUGGUACCGCGUGCUGCGGCGGGAGCUGCGGCUGCGGGCGCUGAGGGACGGUCAGCUGCCCAGCGUGGCCGGUGCCGCCAAACUCCUGUCGGCCAUGAUGUCCUGCUACCGGGGGCUGGAUCUGUGCGUGGCCACCGCGCUGUGUGGCUGGGACCGCUCCGGCCCUGCCCUCUUCUACGUCUACAGUGACGGCACCCGCCUGCAAGGGAACAUCUUCUCGGUGGGCUCGGGAUCUCCCUAUGCCUACGGCGUGCUGGACCGCGGCUACCGCUACGACAUGAGCCCCCAGGAAGCCUACGCCCUGGCUCGCUGCGCCGUGGCCCACGCCACCCACCGCGAUGCCUACUCCGGGGGUGCUGUAGACCUUUUCCACGUGCGGGAGAGCGGAUGGGAGUAUGUGUCCCGCAACGAUGCCUGUGCACUGUACUCGGAACUGCAGAAGCUUCCAGAGCCAGGGAAGGAGGAGGAGGAGGAGGCCCGCUGGGAUCAGCCUGAGCCAGUCACCCUGCACAGAGACUCCAGGAUGCCGGCGGGGACUGAGAUGCUGUGAGAAGCGGCAGGACUUGGGGGGGCCUAGGCCAAGGGAGUGGGGUG